CUGGGUACAACAGAUGAAUAAGUUGACGCCAUGUUAAAAAAUAAUUUGCAUACUUUUUGUUUUGAGGUAAAGUGUUGAUGGUUUAUGACAAAUUGAAAAGACACAACACAAAUCGAUGCAACUCGAGAGUUUUCAGAACACAAUGGAGAUGCUCUGAUCGCCUUAACUGACUGUCGAUUGUGUAUGGCGGCGGCUGAUCAGAACGUCGACCUACUCCAGGCAAAACACAAAAUCAGCUGAUCUCUACAAUGGAUACAAAUAAUUAACAAUAUUUGUGACAGAUGAUUAAUGGGUUUGAACUAACUUUUGUUUCCUAUAGAUGACAAGGCUCUCUCGGGCUGUCUGUCGCCAGGUGCUAUGGACGCGGGAGAUCGGGAGCAGGCUGCUGGCGGAGAGUCGGCCCCGCUGACCAUUGACGACUUGCCGGCUUUUUACAGCUCUGACGAGUUAGAGCAGUUGGCGGGUCAGAUUUCCCAGUCUCUGGAGCAGGAGCAGUCAAAGGAUCACCCUGGAGUAUUUCCUGUGCCCAGUUUUCCGGAGGUGUCCUCCUCUAGACGUGUGUCGACAGAGGCGCGUGCCUCCACCCUCCCCACUCCCAGCUCUCCCCUGCACAAGUCAGUGGCAAAAGAGGACCAGGCGGGGAACAUUCAGGCGGCUGCAGACUCCAACAGCCAGAAACAGUUUGUCCCGUGUAAGGUAUGCGGUGACCGCGCCUCGGGGUUCCAUUACGGAGUCACUUCCUGUGAAGGUUGUAAGGGAUUCUUUCGGCGUAGUAUACAGAAGCAGAUUGAGUACAGGUGUUUACGAGACGGGAAGUGUAUGGUGAUACGACUUAGUCGCAACAGAUGUCAAUAUUGUCGAUUUAAAAAAUGUCUGGCAGUGGGCAUGUCCCGAGACUCUGUCCGCUAUGGCCGUGUUCCUAAGAGAUCAAAGAGUCAGGAUGACAGCAGUGUGAGUUCCACAGACUGUAACAUGGACCAGUCAGCUCUAGAGAACAAACAGCUAGCCAUCUACGACAUCAUCCUGAACAUCUCCCAGGCCCACCACACCAACUGUCUGGUCACCGAGGACAGGAUAAAGAACCUGACCAGGAAACCCUCCUCACUGAUGCAACAGAUUUCCAUUCCUUCCACGCCCGUUCAGUUUAGUGACGAGGAGCUGGAGGCCCAGAAGUUAUCCAUGUGGCACUGUCUGGCGAGCUUCAUCACCCCCGCCAUCAACAGCGUGGUGGAGUUCGCAAAACGGGUCCCAGGCUUUCCAGAGCUAAAUCAGGACGACCAGCUGAUUCUGAUUAAGUGUGGAUUCUUUGAGGUCUGGUUAACGCGGAUGGCGCGGAUGUUUAACAGAGGCGAGGGCUGUCUGACAUUUGAGGACGGCAGUAUUAUACAACGUGAGGAGUUAGGGGUCGUCUUCUCGCCUGACUUUGUGAGCUGUAUGUUUGACCUGGCCCAGAGUUUGAACCAGUUAAACCUGAACGACACGGAGAUCGGGCUCUUCUGUGCCAUUGUUCUGGCCACACCAGACAGAAAAGGUUUGGAGAAUUCUAAAGCAGUGGAGACGAUUCAGGAUCGGUUGAUUGAGGCCCUGAAGCUGCAGAUCUGUAGGAAUCAUUCGACAGAGGAGAACUUGUUUGGGACUACGAUAGUAAAACUUCCUCAGCUCCGGACGCUGGGCGUCCAACAUAACGAGAUACUGGAGUGGUACCGCGCUCAGUGGAACAGAGUCAGGUUACCUCCCCUGUUCUCUGAAAUCUACGACAUCAGCAAACAUGAAGAAGACAUGUGAACUGUUCAAUUAUCUCGGGGAGAAUUCAUCAACUUUUGUUUCUGUGUAUGAGUCAGUUAAUUUUGUGUUAUUUUACUUAUAUGUUUAGGAGAUAGUUUUAUUUGUUUACUGUUAAGUUUCUUUUAUAGCUAAUGCUAGUGUCUUUAUGAUGUGUUUUCAAAGCUUUUGUGAUCUUUUAAGAAUAUUCUUCCAUGAAUCAUUGUAUGAGGUUGGUGUUAUUCAUCAAUGACUUGGUGUGUACAUAUGUGUACACUACACCGUGCUUACUAGUGUUAUGUUGCUUCAGUCAUUUUAGUCUGUGAGAGAAAUGUAAUGCUUACAGAAGCCCUAAAAUCUAGAUUUAUUUUAUACAUAUAUAGCAAAAAAACUUCCAAAAGUUCCAAGACAACACGAGAUUUAGUAGAAAAAAACUUAGUUAUAAUGAAGUCACUGGGACCUGUGAAAUUACUUCGCUAUAUCUGUAAUUCGUUACAUCUAUAUAAGGAUAUCAUAAAAAUUAUAUAGCUGGGGAUCCAAGAUAACUUCACACUAUCAGUGAAUUUGCAAUAUCCGUGUUCGUACUAAACAAGUUUUACUGUAGAUAUAUUGAAGUUAAUUUACAGGUCCACAGGGUUUCCAUGUAAUCAAGUUAAACUACAGUCAAUUUUGAGAGAUCUAUUAUUACUCAAUUCAAAAUCAAAUAUCAAAAAAGUUUGUGUAUUUUGGGGAAAAAAAGAUAUUAAGAAUAUUGGUUAAUUUUGAUUUGACACACAUGAAUAAAUUUUACAACAGUGUCGGGGCUUUAUUAUGAGUUGCAGUUUAUUAUAACAGUAAGACUAGGAUGACUGAAACCAAAAAAUACAGCUAUUUCAGGGUUUGUCUUUGCAGAUGUGAACAAGUAUUUUUCAUAUUUAUAUAUUAAGGAGGCUGGGGGGUCAACAAAUUAACAAAAAAUUAACCACCAGAUAUAACUUAAAUUUUUAGAUAUGAUAUCUCUAGCUGUCAACUAUCAUUUGACAAAGAAAAAUUUCAUACAUAUUAGUUUUAAAAUUUGAUCAUUUUUGUAUAUCUUUAUAUGGAGCUCUUCUUCUAAAGAAGAUAGAAAUAGUCUAAAAAUGGCCACGGCCACCCAGCCUCUUUAAAUCAUAGUGUUUUUUUAAUUUUGUUUUUAUUUUUGUUUUGCAAAGGAGAUAAAAUCUUUGCUUUAAAAGCAUUAAUGUCAUCCUUAAAGAGAUGUCCUCAAUAUACAUGUAUGUACAUAGUAUCUUGCUCAUCUAUUUCACAUAUUUUCCAUUUGUGCUUAUUUACGUUGUAUGUCACACCAAGUUUUCAUUUCUUUAUUUUUUAAAGAAAAGACCAGGCCAGUUGCUUUAUACAAUUCUUAACUUUCAAAAUUUUAUUUUAUUUCCUGCAAUGUGAUUUUUUUUAAUGCAUAAACCUUCUGAUGCCACCAGUUCACCAACAAUUUGUCUUCUACAUGUACUUGUAGAUGUAUUAAUAGAGUUGACACAUUUUUAAAGGUUUUGUUGUUAAGUUACUGUUGCAACAUCUGUAAAUGUAGUGAACUUUUUGUAUGUAUAAACAAGAGUGGUUGUUAUGUACCUGUCUUAUAAUGGUAUAGGGCACUCUCCAUCUAUCUGUGAAAAAUUACAUUUUCUGAACAUUUUUAGCUAUACUAUGAGAUGGAAAUUUGAAACCCGAGUUUAAUUUAAAUUGAAGUAAACCAUGAUUUGAUAGUUUUGUAACAUUGAUGCAGGCCAGAUUUAGCAAGUUGUGUUUUGCAUAAAUUUUUUCAAGGUGUAUAUUUUUAUCUCAUUUGCUUUGAUUAAAUGCUUUUAUGAAAUAUAAUACAUGUACAAUAUUUCAGUAUAGAAUUGUGCUGGCAAACUUGAUUCCCGUAUUUGUUAAAUUUUUACUGUAGACUGUUUGACUUAUAUGGAGUUUUGUGACCUUCAUUUUGUAGUUUGUCAGUUACAUUUGUCCAUAUUUUUAUGCUCAAGCCAAAUUACAAGUUUUUGUCCAUCAUUUUUAUUAGUUGUAAGUGAAGAUAAAAUGGAGCCACUGCCUCAGCUUUUGUACUGUUUGUCAGCUUCACUGUGUCGGGGAGGUACAUGUAUAUAUAGUAAUGGGAUAGGCAACUCUCACUAUAUAUUGUAAAUUGUGGGACUUGGAAAGUCUAUUUGAAAUAUGUCUAUUAUGCUAGCAAAUAUUUCAGAACAAAAAACUUUAUCUAUGAAUGAAUGAUUCAAGAUCUAUUCUUAGCUCUGUUUAUAAAUAUAUCUUAUCUUAGUAUAAUUGUAUUUUAUUUCAAAAUCAGUAUAUGCCACUGAUCAGCCUUACAUGUUCUUCUGAGAAUUUGCCAAAUUUGGUGGCGCUUUGUUUUAUAUUUUAACUUUUUGACAAUUUAUGAUAUAAAAUAUAUUAAUACAAAUUCUUCUAAUAAACCCCCUGCAUAAUUUAUCAGAAAACAAACAGUUUUUUAAUUGGGAUAAAUGUAGUUAUGUGUAUCUUUUGGGCAGAUAAACAUGAUGCAGAAAAAGUUGCUUAUCCCAUUAAGGUAGUCCGAUCCUCAGGUUUAUAAAAUUGGCAGUUAAGUAAUCAAAAGUACUCAUGAAAGUAUCUCUGAAUCCACAAAGUUAUGUAAAUUUUUCCACAGUAUUUCUUUAAAGUUAAAGAUAAAAGUUAAUCAUAUUACAUAGGGAAAAUUGUUAAAUAUCCAAUGCAAUGUCAAGUUUUUAAAGACCUUUUCUAAGACUUCGAAAAGCCUUGAAUAUUAUAAAGAUGAAUAAAAUGAAAAUUGUUGCAUGAAAAAAAAUUCAUUUUCAAGCUUCAUUUUGAUGCAUUUCAAAUUUAAUUUGAAUUUUUGGAGUUAUCUUUCCUAGCUGAGGAUCGGAUAUCCUUAAGUAUAUACAUCCCUGAAGGUGUCAUAUCUAAAAAUAAUUAUAUCUGAGUAGAAGAUCACUCUAUGUAAUCCAUGUACAAGACAGAGUAGGUUAAUCUAUGGUAAAAGUCACAUGAAGAAUGUUGUAUGAAAACUGGACAAAUAUGUCUAUUACACCUGACAGAUGGAUUUUCCUGUCUGUAUUUGAGGUUGAUAUGUGUAUCAACAAACAGGAAUUACAACCCUAAUUGUGCCAUAUAUUGUACAGAGUUGUCUUUUUUAUUUUAUGAAGAAUAUACUUGUAUGACCUUUUUUUUAUGAAUUUAUAUGUUAGUUAAUGUCGUCCUCUGUUUUGAUUGGUUAGAAUGCUUGCUGCCCACUAGAGACACCUAGUGGCUGUGUGUACUAGCUUGUAAGCUUCUGUAGAAAAGGCCUCCAGUAGUGAUCAACAAUGAAUGACUACAAUUGUAAUUAGUGCUUUCAUUAUGUAUGUUAACUCUUUCUCUGUAAAAUACCUUUUUGAACUGAAUUGAAAUUUUACACUCAGAAAACCAAGCCGGCCAUCAUUUAAUUUUAAACUUGAUUUUGUUUUUGUUU